AUGGGCAUCGCCGGACGCGCUGUGAUCGGCAGCGUCCGGUAUGGCGCGACGGGCCUGGCUCGCUUGCCCUGGCCGCCGCCUCUGCAUCGAUCUGAUCGCCUGCAGGGAAUCCUGCCACCCGUACCCACAAACACCGCAUCGCCAAUGACUGCCGACGUCAAGGACGAGCCGGCCCCGGCCGUGCCCUCCGCCAAGCCCGAGGCGGCCUCCGCAUCGGCGUUGACCGACCAGGAGAAGCUGAAGCUUCGCCAGGAGCGCUUUGGAGUUCAGGCCCCAACCACCUUUGUCGACAAAAAAAAGGCCCGAGAGGCUCGAUUUGGCAGCGAGCCGGCCCAGAAGAAGCAGCCAGAUCAGAAGGCACCGAGCACAGAGAAGAAAGCUGCCUUGAGCCAAGAUGACACCGACAAGAAGCUUCAGCGACAAGCUCGCUUUGGCACAGUCGAGGAGCCAGCCAAGGGCAGGAAGACCAAGCAGGUCGAUCCCGCUGUUGCCAAGCGACGAGAGCGCUUUGGGCUGGAGACGAGCAAGCCUAAGCCGUCUACUGAGGAGGAGGAGAAGAAGCGCAAGCGUGAGGAGCGUUUUGGCCAGGCCGCCACAACAAACAAGCAGCCAAAGACCGAGACAGAAAAGUCGGACGAGACCGCUGUUGAGAAUGCGCAUUAGAUGUUCGGGGCCGUUCGAUCUUGGCCAGAGGCCUUCCAGCGAGGCACAUUGCAUGAACGAGCGAGAUCUGGGCGUGCACGGCCCCUGAAUCGAGCCUGUUCCUGCCGCUUGUCGUUUGUCGUUUGAUGGAGCCGGAGCCUUGUUGGAUAACACGAUAUCGAGUGCUUUGAGCACAUCGCACCCUCCGGCAGUCGAUAUGCCACGAA